UGAAGUCAAAGUCCCAGAUUUGGUCUGAAAAUUUAUGGCAGGAAUGCCAAUCCUAUGUAUAGAUAAACAAGUUAUUUAUAAACGACCAAUGACGUAACACUAUGCAGCUUUCAAUAAACACAGUGCAAUAUGGCUACAAUCGGAAUCCAAACAGUGAUAGUGUUUUCAUAUCUGGAAUAGCAUAACUUACGCUACAUUAAGAGAAAGGAACUCUUUAUUUAUGCCAAGUAGGUGCAGGCAGCCUAGUACCAGUACUUCUGUAGGCAAAAGAAAACGUCCACGAACUUGGACUGCUAAUUUUAUGUGCCUUUCAAACAAUCAUCAAAAUAAGGUACCUAACAGUGCUGAAAAAGAAUGCUUAUACAAGGCAGGUUUGGGUUUGAAAAAAGUAACUUUUGAAGGAGAUGCAAAAGAACAAAGUGUUCACGACACUCUUAUUAAAGCGUUUACAAAACUUGAACAGUGUGGGGGCUUUGAGCUAUUACAUUGUAACAGUUCGUGCAGAGAAUUGAAAAAACUUAAUUGUAAAUGGGAUGUUAAAACAUUGAAAAGUGUUGUAGGACCUCAAGGUAAAUUUUAUAUUAGACCCAUUCAAAAGUGUUUGACGGUUGAGGUAGUAACAGAAGAUGAAGAAACAGAGUUAAUGACAAAGUGUGACAUAUGCAAACAGGACGUUUCUUUAGGUCAGAUACGUAACCAUGUUGAGUCCUGUAUAGCGACAAAUCUGGACCAUACAGGAACGUACCUGUAUACUUCACAGGGAAAUUCAGAUGAAGAACUUCCUGAAAGUGCUUCAGAGAUAAUUCAUCAACAGGGGUUUCCCAUGGAAUUCCAUGAUUUACCAGAGAUUGCCAGCAUAACUUCCAUGGUGACCCUGGACAAUGUACUCCCGGGCAGUGAGGACCAGCAUAAUGGAGAUUAUUUAAGUACAAUUGUUAAAAAGUGUACUACAUUUUGUAAAUCCAAUGAUGUGUCUGAUCCUAUUCAUGUGCUAAAGAUCUUUCAAAAAGAGAUUGUCACUGGGAGACCAUUAGAACUAACAGAAGAGACAUCAUCUACGGGCAUUUAUGGUGAAACCAAUUUCAUUUUGGUAGACAGAGGCGAUCUACUGAAAACAGCAAUUGAGGAAAUAAGGGCAAUAAGCGACAUGAGGAAAUGCCUUGAAGUUCAGUUCUAUGGAGAGUGUGCUGCUGAUUUUGGAGGUCCAAGAAAGGAAUUCUUCUCUCUUGUCCUGCAUUGCAUUAAGGAAGAAUACUUCGAGCCAGUGAGAGAGUGGUCAGAUGACUAUGAAGCUGUUGGCAGAAUAUUGGCUCUGAGCACUAUUCAAAACGGAAGAUUACCUAGAAUUAUGUCAGCAGAGCUAGUGGAGAAAGUAUUCAAUCAAGUGCUGCCUGUAGACAAGUACAUCCAGGACCUAAGAAAAGGUCUUGACAGUCUUGGUCUUGUUCAGCUUGUUCAAGAACUGCCAGCUGUUAUUCACCUGUUCACACCUCAACAGUCGAAUCCUUUAACGUUGAAGAUGUUGACACACCUAUUGAAGCCACAGUUUAGUGCUGAAGGGUCAAACAGAAGACAGAGAGAGAAUUCCACAUACACGUUGUUCAUCAAAUACAUGCGUGAAGCUGCAAGUGGAAGAAGAGGUGCUGUAAAUCUUGGGAGCAUAUUAAGGUUUGCCACUGGUACAGAGGAGGAACCUGCCUUGGGCUUUGCUCUUCAGCCUUCCAUUCAAUUUAUGGAAAGUGCUAAUUUCCUGCCCACUGCAAAUACCUGCAUAAACAGAAUGAAUUUAUCAUUGCCAGAUGAAAGUAAUUCACUACCACUGCAAGAGGAACUGUUCAAUUUGUUCGAUCUAGCAUUUUGUAACACAUUCUUUGGUUUAGAAUAAAAAAUGACAUUCACAUAUAAUUAUACCCCCAUUACCAUUGGUAAUAGAGGCUAUAUGAGUCACUCUUUCGGUCAGUCGGGCUGUCCCAAAAAUUUCAUCUGAUCUUCACCAAACUUGGUCAGAAGUUGUAUCUAGAUGUUGUCAAGGUCAAGUUUGAAUAUGGGUCAUGCCAGGUCAAAAACUAGGUCACAGGUCACUAACUGCGUUUUAAACUGAAAGUUUGUCUGGACCAUAACUAGGGCUGUAACGAUACAUUCAAAUUGGACGGCAUGUAAUGCAAAAGAAUUCAAGAGCUCAAAGGUCAAAAUGGCCAUAAAAGACAAUGGCAUAAUCAUUCUUCCAAAUCGCCAUAAAUUAGCUUCUCUUGUUUUGUGAAGACAGCAUGCAAAAUAUUAAAUGUCACUGCAGCAUUUUGUGGUAUAUGUCACGUCUGUGACAAAGCUCUAGUUGUGUAUAUGUAUGUAGUAAAAAAUGUUUUGAAUGUAGUAUGUGAGUUAUAUUGGUGUAAUCAACAUUUACUUUGUGAACCCUCAAGAGGCCAACCUUUUUUUGCAAUCUUGAAACUUGGUCAGCACAUUUGUCCCCAUAACAUUAUUACCUCUCCUGAGCACUAUAGCCCCUAUGUUGAGCUUGUGUGAUAGUCCUUUGUUUUUUGUGCAUCGUCAAUAUAUGCCAUGUGAACGCUAGAGUCUACAUUUUUGUCCGAUCUAAAUAAAACUUGGUCAGAUAAUUAGUCCCAAUGAUAUCUGGACUCUGUUUGAAAUUGGGUCAUUUAGAUGUCAAACACUAGGUCAAAAAAGAAAAACCAUGUGAACACUAGAGGUCAAAUUUGAUGCCUAAUCUUCAUGUAAUUUUGUAAUAAUGUUUUUUUAAUGAUAGGUUCAUUGUUGGUUGAGCAUGAAAAUAAGCCUUUUUUCCAUGAACAUUUACAAAUUUUAAUGUAUUGUAGUGUACACAAUGUGUAAAGUAUAUCAAUUCUUUGAAUUUGUCUAUUAGCAUGUUGUUAAUUAUGUCUUAUUUACAUGCAAUACAUUUUGCUUGUUUACAUUGUAAAUGUGAUGUUCAUUGAAGUGUUGUCUGGGCUUGUUUCCUUCUUUUGCAGCAGCAAAGUAUAUUGACCCUUUUACCUAAGAAAAACUAUGCUGUUUACCUUCAAAUUUACUUUUAAAAACCAUAUCUCCUCAGUGGUAACUUUUCCUCAUAUUUAACAUUUUGACCAUUUCCCCAAAUAAAAAUCAUAAAAAUGACAUGUAAUUUGGUUUUGUUCCUAAUGGUAUGUAACCCCAUGUUUUUGUCAUAUUUUUAUGCCCCCCUUCGAAGAAGAGGGGGUAUAUUGCUUUGCACAUGUCGGUCUGUCCACCAGGUGGUUUCCGGAUGAUAACUCAAGAACGCUUGGGGCUAGGAUCAUGUAACUUCAUAGGUACAUUGAUCAUGACUCGCAGAUGACCCUAUCGAUUUUGAGGUCACUAGGUCUAAGGUCAAGGUCACGGUGACCCGAAAUAGUAAAAUGGUUUCCGGAUGAUAACUCAAGAACGCCUAUGCCUAGGAUCAUGAAACUUCAUAUGUACAUUGAUCAUGACUCGCAGAUGACCCCUAUUGAUUUUCAGGUCACUAGGUCAAAGGUCAAGGUCACGGUGACCCGAAAUAGUAAAAUGGUUUCCGGAUGAUAACUCAAGAACGCUUAUUCCUAGGAUCAUGAAACUUGAUAGGUAGAUUAAUCAUGACUCGCAGAUGACCCCUAUUGAUUUUCAUGUCACUAGGUCAAAGGUCAAGGUCAUAGUGACAAAAAAACAUAUUCACACAAUGGCUGUCACUACAACGGAGAGCCCAUAUGGGGGGCAUGCAUGUUUUACAAACAGCCCUUGUUGUGAUAUCUUUUUCAUUGUUUAAAAGUUUUUUUUCACAAAUUGUUACUUAUGAGAUAUUGUGACCUGUCUUUGUUGGUCGUCCUGUAUCUUGUGUCAACAUAUUUACUUAAAGGACAUCUCCUCCUUACCAGCUGGUCCAAUAUUAAUUAAACUUGGCAAGAAUGUUCCUUGCAUGAAGCUAUUUUAAAGUUUUUCAAACAAAAGCAUUCCAUGAACAACUGGCUCUUGUUGCCAUGGCAAGCGAAAGGAAAAACUUUAAAAAAUCCCAUCUGUUUUACCCCCACUACCAUUGGUGGUAGGGGGGGGGGGGGGCUAUAUAGGAAUCACUUAGUCUGUCUGUCCCAAAACUUUGUCCGGACCAUAACUUUGUCAUUAAUCGUAAUAUUUUAAAAUGACUUGGUUAAUUUGUGCACUACCUCCAAGUUCACGGACACACUUUGAGUUGGAAGGUCAAUAUUCCCAUAGACGAGUUUUUCUGGGCCAUAACUAUGUCAUUUGUUGUGAGAUUUUUAAAUCAUUUGGCAGGUUUGUUCACCAUCAUUACACGGUGUGUGAUGCAAAAAAAUUCUGUCCAUAUCACCAAGGUCAAGGUCACAUUUUUCAGUUCAAAGGUCAUAUACGGCCAUAAACUGACCUUGUCUGGGCCAUAACUAUGUCAUUCUUUGUGAGAUUUGUGAAUGACUCAGUGCAUUUGUUCACCAUCAUGGAACAGUAUGUCAUGUGAAAGAUCUACACCGAUAUCUCCAAGGUCAAGGUCACACUUGCAUGAUAAUAAAAUAUUCUUUAAAAUAAAAUAAAAUUAGUUUCUCUUACUUAGUGAAAACAACGUGUUAAAUAUUCAGUUAAAUAUUCAGUGUCAAUGCGGCAUGUAGGGGAAUCGUCAUGUCUGUGACAAAACUCUUGUUCAAGUUAUGCCCCUGGUACAAAAUUUGCCCCACCUUGAAGUAAAAUGUAUUUCUUUAUAUGAAAAUUGGAAAAACUUCAGCAAUUGCCUCCGAAACCACAAGGCAAAGCAGACAUUUGGCAUAAAACUUCUUUUAGUGCAUCUCUACUGAGACUGUUUAAAUUAUGCCACUGGGUGCAAAUAAUUGUGUGUAUAUAGUGAAAACUUUAAACAUCUCUGAAACCACCAGACCAAGACCACAAGAGCAUAGAUAUUUUACAGUAAACAUCAUCUAGUGGACCUCUACCAGGAUAACAUUAAUUAUAUCACUGGUUUGGCCCACCCCAGGCACAAAUGUGAUUUCCUUAAGAAUUUAUAGUCGCAGUGAAUAAGUUAAAACUAAACAAUCUUUUUCUUUCAACCAGCAAGGAAUAAAGUUCCCGUAUGUAUAAAAAAAAACAAGUCAGGUGAGCGAUAUAGGGCUAUCAUUCCUUUUUGUAAGUUCUUCUUGUCUGAGUUAUUGUCCUUUAAAGAUUCCUAUGUUAUUACAUGUUAAUAAGCGCAAGUUCUCUGAACCUUACACAUGUUCCAUUUUUCAGCCACUGUUGUAGGUGUAUUGCCAAAAUUAUAGACAAUUCACAUUCAGGAAGCAUAACCUUUGUGGUCUGUGACAGCGACUUGUACUUGUAAUUGCUUAGCAUGAAUGGCAAUCUUUUGAGACAAGACCAUAUGGUGCAGGUAAAGACGUAAUUAAUGAGCUAAAGGUAUAGUUCUAGCAAUAACAUGUUGCCCGUGUCCGUGUGAAUGACUUCAUGUGAUAUUUCUUUUGUACAACUUUGUGAAAGUAUGCACACGAGCUGCGUUCAUGUAAUUGAGAAUCUUAUUAAAUGUUUAGUUAUUU